AUGAAGACUACAACUUGUUCCCUUCUCAUCAUCAUCUCCCUUCUUCAACUGAUGGCCCCAGUGAAUAUGGAGGAGACCUUAGACUCUGUCAUGAAGAAGCUCAAGGAAGCUCUCAGUCGUCUAGAGCAUCCUCCCUCCCCUGUGACUAAGAGUCUCUCCUGCACUAGUAUUAAAGCCUCGGGUACACUGGCUUCCUGUCCACCUGGGAUGAUUGCUACUGGUUGUUCUUGUGGCUUUGCUUGUGGAUCUUGGAAUGUCCAGAAUGAAACAAUGUUCCACUGCCUGUGCCCAAUCAUAGACUGGACUGUUGCCCGCUGCUGCCAGCUGAGGAAAUGA